AUGCGGCUGCUGAAAUCGAUAUCCGUUUUUCAUUCAGUUGUUCGGUUUUAUCGUAAUCCUCGAUGGCUUCGUCCAUAUCUGCGUGAUUUAUACUAUCGACGUCUUGAUCAAGGACCCGAACCGUAUCGACCGAGGUCCUUUUGGUCAAACUGGAAUAACGAAGCCGAAUUAGGAGCAUUUUGUCAUCGGAUUGGUGAGAACAUCCCAACUGAAGUACUUAAUCGUGCCCUCACUGAUAAGUCCUAUGCACCUAUCACAGCGUCUUCCAGCACAUGUGACGCACUGCUGCCACCCUCGGAAUGCAACACUCAAUACAUUCGAAAAGGUCACGAACUGGCCGAAUCUUAUAUGUGUGCAUUUCUGCGGCAUGUAUAUCCCCGCGUCCCAGAGGAAUGGAUAGUGAGCAUUGUCGAUUGUUUGCUGUCAACUACACAGCUUUCUUUCACCGCUGCGAACCUGGGCUUGCGAGACUUAGUUUUGUACGGUUCGGAGGAUUCUCCUGGCGGUAAACCUGAUUCGAUCAACCCACCCUCUCCUGAAGUAACUUCGAAUUCUUUAUUGUCAAUCAUUGGAGCCUUGGCCGAAAUAGAUCUGGAGAGGGCAUAUCUCUUCAUUCGGGACUUUCUGCUUACUCCGUUGGUUGACCUGGACUUGACAGGAGACAUCGUGGUGAUAGAAAACCCAUUACCGCUUCUCCAUGGCAUGUUGUUGUCAGAAGGCAAACCGCCACCAGAAUCGAGGUAG